AACAGACCAAAGAAAAACCUGCCCACCCAAGACAAAGACUAACAGAAAAUUGCAACUACAAAAGCAUUAACGAAGAAGAUUCCACAGCCAUUGUGAGGACGCUGGUUUGGGAUUAAGAAGCAAAAAACAAACAUCCAAUGAACAUGAAGGAUACCUUUACUCUGCUCAUUUUGAUUUUGAUACUUGAUUGUGCCCCAGCAAAGAAUUCAAGUCAAAAUGAAGAAAAGAACACAAAACUUAUGGAAAAACGUACCAUUUUCGAUUUUAACAACUAUAGUGCAGUGAAGCUUGCCAAAAGAGGUGUUGUACACAAGAAAAACCAUUUAGAAAAUAAAGCAAAACGAUCAGCCGAGGCCGAACCCGAAAAUAGUUAUGGCCACUACAGGAGAGAACAUAAGCAUGGCAAGAGAUCAGCAGAGGCCGAACCCUAUUAUGGUCACUACAGGAGAGGACAUAAGUAUGGCAAGAGAUCAGCUGAGGCCGAACCCUAUUAUGGUCACUACAGAAGAGGACAUAAGUAUGGCAAGAGAUCAGCUGAGGCCGAACCCUAUUAUGGUCACUACAGAAGAGGACAUAAGUAUGGCAAGAGAUCAGCUGAGGCCGAACCCUAUUAUGGUCACUACAGAAGAGGACAUAAGUAUGGCAAGAGAUCAGCUGAGGCCGAACCCUAUUAUGGUCACUACAGAAGAGGACAUAAGUAUGGCAAGAGAUCAGCUGAGGCCGAACCCUAUUAUGGUCACUACAGAAGAGGACAUAAGUAUGGCAAGAGAUCAGCUGAGGCCGAACCCUAUUAUGGUCACUACAGAAGAGGACAUAAGUAUGGCAAGAGAUCAGCUGAGGCCGAACCCUAUUAUGGUCACUACAGAAGAGGACAUAAGUAUGGCAAGAGAUCAGCUGAGGCCGAACCCUAUUAUGGUCACUACAGAAGAGGACAUAAGUAUGGCAAGAGAUCAGCUGAGGCCGAACCCUAUUAUGGUCACUACAGAAGAGGACAUAAGUAUGGCAAGAGAUCAGCUGAGGCCGAACCCUAUUAUGGUCACUACAGAAGAGGACAUAAGUAUGGCAAGAGAUCAGCUGAGGCCGAACCCUAUUAUGGUCACUACAGGAGAGGACAUAAGUAUGGCAAGAGAUCAGCUGAGGCCGAACCCUAUUAUGGUCACUACAGGAGAGGACAUAAGUAUGGCAAGAGAUCAGCUGAGGCCGAACCCUAUUAUGGUCACUACAGGAGAGGACAUAAGUAUGGCAAGAGAUCAGCUGAGGCCAAGCCUUAACAUGGACAAGAAUAAUUUCUCAUUCUAGAAGUGAUUGUCGUUUUUGAAAUAAAGCAUUGAAUUUGAAGAAGAA